GCACCACGAGCAUCUCCGGGGAACUCGUACCCUUGCACGUUAUUAGUUUACUCUGGCUGCCCAAAGCACAGCACGUUAUUGAGUGACGACACGUCAGAAUCAGAAGGGAUCUGGGCAUCUGGCACUCUGACUGACGAGGCUUGGGCAGUGAUAUCAUGCAGGCUGAAUGAAACUCUCAAAAUAUUUGGCCUGGGAGAGCUCAGUUAGGUGAGAAAAAACGGUACUAGUACAUUACGCGAAUCCUACUGUCAAGUAAUAAACAAUUGGAGUAUAUGCCCAGUGAGUUCGGUGGUCUCAUUUUGGGCACACGAUACAGAAUUACAGACAGACAGAGAGUAGGUGGUCAGUCCGAGAAGAUUUCGUGCGUGUUAGCAGGCGUGCAGCCGUGCACCGCCAUGCUGCGAUUAAAAACUAGCACUAGUUGUACUUAGCCUGUGUGGUACUAGUAAAAGGUCUGGAAUAAAAGGGCGACGGAUGCCGGCGAGGUAGGGGAGGAGAUGUCAGGGAGAGCGAGCGCCGCCGCCGGGGCCAUGGAAGAAGGGCAGGCGGGGUAUCAGAGCUCAGAAGAUGGAAGCCAUGGCAGUGGCAGUGCCAGCAACAGAUGCAACGACGACAUGAUCUCCGUGCAGUUCAUGCAGAAGAUUAUCGCGGAGGUGCUGGGCACCUACUUCAUGAUCUUCGCGGGCUGUGGCUCCGUGGUGGUGAACCUGAGCACCAACGGCACGGUGACAUUCCCGGGCAUCUGCGCCGUGUGGGGCCUGGUCGUCAUGGUGCUUGUCUACUCCGUCGGCCACAUCUCCGGCGCGCACUUCAACCCCGCCGUCACCGUCGCCUUCGCCACGUGUGGACGCUUCCCCUGGAAGCAGGUGCCGUCGUACGCGGUGGCCCAGGUGCUGGGAUCCACGCUGGCCAGCCUGACGCUGCGCGUGGUGUUCGGCGGUGCCACGGCGCACGAGCACUUCUUCGGGACGGCGCCGUCGGGGACGGUGGCGCAGGCGGUGGUGCUGGAGUUCGUCAUCUCCUUCUACCUCAUGUUCGUCGUCUCCGGCGUCGCCACCGACAACAGAGCGAUCGGUGAACUCGCUGGGCUCGCCGUCGGCGCCACCGUGCUGCUCAACGUGCUCGUCGCCGGGCCCAUCACAGGGGCAUCGAUGAACCCGGCGCGGACCUUGGGCCCGGCGAUCGUGGCAGGCCGGUACAGAAGCAUCUGGGUGUACAUGGUUGGGCCGGUGUGCGGGACAGUGACGGGCGCGUGGGCCUACAACUUGGUCCGCUUCACCGACAAGCCGCUGCGCGAGAUCACCAAGAGCGGCUCGUUCCUCAGGGCCACGGGCCGUACCAGCUAACAGACACUCCUCGCUGGACGCUAGCCGGCUAUUAUUAUGUUUCAAACGAGUAUGCUGCUGCUACAAGUACCCAAAGCUACGAACUACGUAUGUGGUUGGUACUUUGUUGUACUCUUAAUAUUUCAAUCUACUUUCCAAAUUUCUUGUGAGCGAAAAGGUAUCCAUAACUCAUACGUCUUGGUUAAUUUGUUAGCUUAAAUUGUUA